CGCCGCCGCCGUCUACCACUUGUCCAACGAACGACACUAAACGUCAGCCUGAGAUCUUACAACCCUCCGCCCCUUUUCAUCCCAAACCUAACAAUUCUGUGCUUGAAUAGGAAACGUUUUGACAUUUAUCAGUAUAUUUGUAGUCGUUAAAUAACUAAAUUGUAUAUACUUAUCGGAAGUGUGUAGGUUUCAUUCAUGUAAUUCACUCGUAGGGGAUCGACAAUUGAUCCGUACCUAGCAACAGCGGUCCGCGGCGCUGGACGGACGUCUUUAAUCGAGUUAUACCUAAAUGCUUGGUGGUUUUAUUAUGGAAAUGGAGAUAAGACAGGCGAUAUUUCGUAAGGGAUUCAUUUAGUUGAAGGAGUGCGCCCGUGCUCCGUGCCGCGCCCAUGCCCCUAAGUCUGGUUGGCGGCAGCGCAGGAGGCGGCGGGCGCGCAGGCUCGCGCGGCGCCAGCUGAUACCAUGGGCGGCGCGCACCAGCCCGCUACUCCGGGGCCCAGCUCGCUCUUUAUAUUCUCCGACGAAAAUCCUAUACGGAGGUAUACAAAGUUCAUUAUCGAGUGGCCGCCUUUCGAGUACGCGGUGCUGCUCACCAUCAUCGCCAACUGCGUGGUGCUGGCGCUGGAGGAGCAUCUGCCAAACGGCGAUAAGACCAUCUUAGCACAGAAUCUGGAAAAGACCGAGGCGUACUUUUUAGGAAUAUUUUGUGUAGAAGCCUCGUUAAAAAUUUUAGCCUUAGGUUUUGUUUUACACAGGGGAUCGUAUCUUAGAAACAUUUGGAACAUAAUGGAUUUUUUCGUUGUAGUAACUGGUAUCAUCACGCAGAUGCCGGUGGUCGCGCCCGACGUCGACUUCAGGACCUUGCGUGCCAUUAGGGUGCUGAGGCCCCUUAAAUUAGUAUCGGGCGUUCCUAGUCUGCAAGUUGUGUUGAAGUCCAUCAUCAAGGCGAUGGCCCCGUUGCUACAGAUAGGCCUCUUGGUGCUUUUCGCAAUUGUCAUAUUCGCCAUUAUUGGCCUCGAGUUUUAUUCUGGGGCUCUCCAUAAGACUUGCUAUAGUUUAGAAGAUAUUAAUGAAAUAGUGAACGACGGCGACAGCCCAACGCCGUGCAACGCGGACAACGAGACGCUGGCCCCGUACGGCGCGCACGUGUGCACGUACGACAAGAGCACGUGCCUCGAGAAGUGGGAGGGGCCCAACCGCGGCAUCACGUCCUUCGACAACAUCGGCUUCGCUAUGCUCACCGUCUUCCAGUGCAUCACUAUGGAGGGCUGGACUGCUAUACUAUAUUGGACGAAUGACGCAUUAGGUAGUACGUUCAACUGGAUUUACUUUGUGCCUCUCAUAGUAUUGGGUUCAUUCUUUAUGCUCAACUUAGUUCUCGGUGUUCUUAGCGGUGAGUUUGCUAAAGAAAGAGAGAAAGUAGAAAAUAGACAAGAAUUUCUUAAAAUAAGAAGACAGCAAAUGCUAGAGAGAGAACUCAACGGUUAUGUUGAGUGGAUUUGUAAAGCAGAGGAAGUAAUAUUAGCAGAAGAAAGAACAACAGAAGAAGAAAGGAUGCAUAUAAUUGAAGCUCGAAGAAGAGCAGCAGCAAAGAAAAAGUUAAAAAAUCUAGGAAAAAGUAAAAGUACAGAUACAGAAGAGGAAGAACAGGAUGAAGAUUGUGGAGAUGACGGGUUUUUGAAAAGCAAAACGCGAUCAGCGGGCAAGUGUGCGGACUUCUGGAGAGCGGAAAAAAGGUUUCGCUUCUGGAUCCGGCACACUGUUAAGACGCAGUGGUUCUAUUGGUUCGUCAUCGUGUUGGUGCUCUUCAAUACAAUAUGCGUAGCUGUCGAGCACUAUAGGCAACCUAAGUGGCUUACUUCGUUUUUAUACUAUGCCGAAUUUGUGUUCUUGGGAUUAUUUAUGAUGGAGAUGUGGGUAAAAAUGUAUGCUUUAGGUCCUCGUAUUUACUUCGAAUCAUCGUUCAACCGCUUCGAUUGUGUUGUCAUUUCGGGCUCCAUUUUCGAAGUAGUCUGGUCCGAAGUAAAGGGAGGAUCAUUUGGUCUGUCAGUCCUUAGGGCUUUAAGGUUGUUAAGGAUAUUUAAGGUCACAAAAUAUUGGUCGUCUCUUCGUAACCUUGUGAUAUCUCUUCUAAACUCAAUGAGAUCUAUCAUCUCUCUAUUGUUUCUCCUAUUCUUGUUCAUUCUUAUAUUUGCACUUCUCGGAAUGCAGUUAUUUGGUGGACAGUUUAAUUUCGAAGAAGGAACACCACCCACCAACUUCAAUACAUUCCCAAUUGCUUUACUCACUGUCUUCCAGAUCUUAACAGGGGAGGAUUGGAACGAAGUAAUGUAUUUUGGUAUCCAAUCUCAAGGAGGUAUUCAAAAGGGGAUGUUGUAUUCGUUAUAUUUUGUCAUCCUUGUACUGUUCGGGAACUAUACGCUGCUAAACGUGUUCCUUGCUAUCGCUGUUGAUAACUUGGCCAAUGCUCAGGAAUUGACCGCAGCUGAGGAGGAACAGGGCGAGGAGGACAAGGAGAAACAAUCUCAGAAGGAAGAUGCCAAAAAAGAGGAUGAGGAAGUACCAGAUGGACCAAAACCAAUGCUGCCAUAUUCGUCCAUGUUUAUUUUGUCACCUACGAAUCCAAUUAGACGAGGCGCACACUGGAUUGUAAAUUUAAGAUAUUUUGAUUUUUUUAUCAUGGUAGUUAUAUGUAUGAGUUCCGUGGCGUUAGCAGCAGAGGAUCCCGUAGUUGAAGAUAGUGACAGAAACAAAGUACUAAACUACUUCGACUACGCGUUCACGGGCGUGUUCACCGUGGAGAUGCUGCUGAAGAUCGUGGACCUCGGCAUCCUGUUCCACCCGGGCGCGUACCUGCGCGACCUGUGGAACAUCAUGGACGCCGCCGUCGUUAUAUGCGCCCUUGUCAGCUUCGGUUUUGAGAUCGGAGGCAUAAAGAAAGGGGCGGGGCAGAAUCUGUCCACAAUAAAGUCGUUAAGAGUGUUAAGAGUGCUCAGACCUUUAAAAACUAUUAAACGUGUUCCCAAGUUAAAAGCAGUGUUUGACUGUGUUGUGAACUCUUUGAAAAAUGUCAUAAACAUUCUCAUUGUGUAUAUAUUAUUUCAAUUCAUAUUCGCUGUAAUUGCAGUUCAACUUUUUAAUGGUAAAUUUUUUCACUGCAACGAUAUUAGUAAGAAUACUUUUGAAGACUGCCAAGGGUCGUAUUUCGAAUACGAGUCGAACAGCCUGCUGCCGCGCGUGAGCAAGCGCCAGUGGACGACGCAAUCGUUCCACUACGACAACGUCGCAAGCGCCAUGCUCACGCUCUUCGCGGUGCAGACUGGGGAGGGGUGGCCGCAAGUAUUACAAAAUUCGAUGGCCGCCACGUACGAAGAUCGGGGACCUAUACAAAAUUUUCGAAUAGAAAUGUCCAUAUUUUAUAUAGUUUACUUUGUGGUGUUUCCGUUCUUCUUCGUUAACAUAUUCGUAGCUUUGAUUAUUAUUACGUUUCAAGAACAGGGUGAAGCUGAAUUGCAAGAUGGCGAAAUAGAUAAAAAUCAGAAAUCGUGUAUAGAUUUCACAAUAGAAGCGCGACCUCUAGAGAGGUAUAUGCCAAGUAAACGGGGGAGUAUUAAGUACAAAGUGUGGAGAAUAGUUGUCUCCACGCCUUUCGAGUAUUUCAUCAUGGCGCUAAUUGUUCUCAACACAUUAUUGCUUAUGAUGAAGUACUAUAACCAAAAUGACCUCUACGCGGAUAUCCUAAAGUAUUCAAAUAUGGGGUUCACUGGUAUGUUUUCCGUGGAAACUGUGUUGAAAAUCAUCGCUUACGGUGUCAAAAAUUUUUUCAAAGACCCAUGGAAUACAUUUGAUUUCAUAACGGUCAUUGGGAGUAUAAUUGAUGCCCUAAUCAUGGAAUUCGGCGAAAACACGUUCAACGUUGGUUUCCUCCGCCUGUUCCGAGCCGCGCGACUGAUCAAGCUGCUCCGACAGGGCUAUACCAUCCGAAUACUUCUCUGGACAUUCGUGCAGAGUUUCAAAGCCUUACCCUAUGUGUGCCUUCUCAUCGCGAUGUUAUUUUUCAUCUAUGCCAUCAUUGGAAUGCAGGUGUUUGGAAAUAUAGAAUUAGCAGCAGAGUCUGAUAUGAAUAGACACAAUAAUUUUCGGAGUUUCAUCCAAGCUCUUAUGUUAUUAUUUAGAUGUGCAACGGGAGAAUCUUGGCCAAAUAUUAUGUUGGCGUGUCUCAAACCUGCCAAAUGUGAUAGGGAAGCCGGAAAACCACCGAGCGAAGUGUGCGGAAGCACACUCGCCUACGCAUAUUUUGUAUCCUUCAUUUUCUUCUGUUCGUUUCUGAUGUUGAACUUGUUCGUUGCCGUCAUUAUGGAUAAUUUCGACUACUUGACAAGAGAUUCUUCAAUCCUCGGAGCCCAUCAUCUUGACGAGUUCGUUAGGAUAUGGGCUGAAUACGAUCCAAAUGCAACGGGGAAAAUACAUUAUACAGAGAUGUAUGAUAUGUUAAAAAACAUGGAUCCACCACUUGGGUUCGGUAACAAAUGUCCCAAUAGAUUAGCAUAUAAAAAAUUAAUUAGGAUGAAUAUGCCACUAGACGAAGAAGGGAAAGUAAAUUUUACAACAACACUUUUCGCGUUGAUUCGCGAAAAUUUGAGUAUAAAAAUGAGAUCAGCGGAAGAAAUGGACCAAGCCGACGAAGAACUUAGGGAAACAAUAACCCGCAUUUGGCCGCUCCAAGCGAAGAAAAUGCUUGACUUGCUGGUGCCUCGUAGUGAUGUUCUCAAUGCUGGAAAACUUACUGUGGGCAAAAUAUACGCAGGACUUCUGAUCCUGGAGAGUUGGAGAUCGACUAGGUUUGGCCAGACUGAACCACAGGGCGUUCCGGUCUUGGAGUUGCAGGAUGUGGGAUCACACCACGCCUCAAUGGAAUCUCUAGAUGAGGGCAGGUUACAAGCACCUCAUGCGUAUCAAAAUGGUCACCACGGCAGAUCAUCUAGUUUAAGACGUACACCAAGUCCGAGAAGGCGGCAUUACGGGGGCUACCAUCACGAAAUCGGCUUCUCCGACACAGUGAAUAAUGUCGUGGAAAUAGUGAAACACGAACACCACAGGCACGGACGUCCACACAGGGCUCCACAUCAUUACCAUCCACAUGCAGGGAAGGAGUGGAGGGCGCCCUAUCCUACGACCAGCCUGAGCCUGCCCUCGCGGUCGCCCAGCCCGCCACACCACACCUACGUCUGGGCAUCCAUAGGUGGCGACCGGGAGCGGGACCGCGAGCGCGAGUGGCGCGAGUGGCGCGACCGCUCGUGGGAGCGCGAGGGCGCGCGCCGCGGCCGCGGCCGCCAGCUGCCGCCCACGCCCACCAAGCCGUCCACCUUACAGGUCAAGCAGCAGCCGCCGUUCACCAGAAUUAGCCACAGCCCGUCGCACUUAUCGUUAAGGCCCACUGUGCGAGAACCUUUAGAGCCUUUACACGAUGAGUACGAAUAUGGCCGGGAAGUUGAAAGACUGAUACACCGAGAUUAUAGAUCUAGGGAGAGGCGCGGCUGGGGCUACGAAGCGGAGCGUGGAGCGCGGAGCUAUGAGGCGCCGCUGAGCUACGAGGCGGCGCUGGCGAUGGGGCGCGGCGGCGGCGCGGGCGCGGCGGGCGCGGCGGGCGCGGCGGGCGCGGCGCGCGGCUGCCCAACGGGUACAAGCCGCGCGCGCGGCACUCCGACUCGGACGAGGACGACUGGUGCUAGCGCUCGCGCCGCGCGCGCUCGCAGCGGGACGUGCGCGCGCCCGCCCCCGCCCCCGCCCCCGCCGCCCGCAGCCGCGCCGCCCACGCGCACACCUACUGACGCGCCGCGCGGACGUUCUCUCGUGUGUCGACGCGUGUGAUGUAUAGAUAGACGACUCUCGUCGCUCGGCGCCCGGCCGGCCCCCGUCCGCGGAGGGCGUUCGCGAGCUGCGACUAUCCAAAUUCUAGUAUUUACAAAGUUUUGGAAAAUUUAAUUUUUAAUUCGCUAAAAUUUUACUCUUUGAUUUAUAUUACGGUUAAGGUAAUCGAAGUAUAAAACAGUGCCAGGCAACUCGUUUGUGCUAGGAUUUUUACAUAAAAAAGUUAUUAGUCUGUAUUGUAAAAGUAACUUUCUAUAUUAAAUUUGCACUAAAAUUUACAUCAUAUACCGCCUGCCGAAGCGCGCGGAGCGAGGUCCGGCGCGCCAAGACCUCGCUCUACUCGCUUCACGUUCCAGUUAGACGUUGGAAGAUCUAGCGUUUCAUCGUCAGACAGAUUGAUACUAGUAUUGUAUGAUAUAUUUACAUAGCGAAAUAAUUUUUACUUAGUUAAUAUGUACUAAAUAAAUAAUUAAAUUUUUAUUGAAUUUGCUGUCCUUCCCCCAAGUGCUUUAUAUCUACGUUAUUUAAAUUUAAAUACAAUUAAAUAAAUAAUACGGAUCGUAUGUAAACUUUGAUGAUAUAUUUCUGCAUAUUAAUACCUAAAUUGUUAAAUCGUGUGUAGGCCGGUCGAUAGCUGUACCUAGUGUUUUGUUACAUUUGGUGAUGAAGGUUGUAAUUUAGCGAAAGAAACUGUAAACAGAUUUUUAAUAAAACCCGUUAUAUUCUAAUGUAUAGAUGCCACGUCCAUUCGUUUUUAACAAUUCGAUAGCAUUCUUCGUUCACUUUUGUAACUGAAUAAUAUUGAAAUAAAUAUAUUAUAACAGAUCGAUUGUAUCAUAUAUGAGAUGUUUAAUUGAGGAUACAACUAAAAUGUUUGUACGGAGUUGGAUAUGGUAAAAAUACGUAUUACAAAUAAUAUUUUAUAAAAAGGUCAAAACCAAAUGUGAUAAGAGUGACUCUACCAACAGUUGGCUAAGUAUUGUGCAAAAUGAUUCUAUCGCCUGGUAUAAGAUAAUUCAGUAAUGUUUCAUAUAACUUAGUUCCCAGCGGCAAUAAUAUAUUAUCUAACGCCGAACGUGAUGUUUAUCCAGGCGCAUAAUCUUAUGACUCUUGAAUUGGUUUACAACUAAACUUCCAUUUCAAAUACGUUCAAUGUUCAUAUUUAAAAUAGUUAUAGGAGCAAAUUUUAUCUCCCAAUGUUAAUAAACCAAUUCAAAGGCUUUUAAACAUAAGUUAACUCAUCGUCCUUUAAAGCGUUCAAUAAUCGUCACAUUUGCCUACACAUUCGAGUCCCCUUAGACGUUGCUAUUGUCUUUAAUUUACAAUUUUCCAAGUCCAUCGAGCGAGACGCUGAGAACAGAGUUCUUGGAAAAUGUUAUAGAAAAUAGUGAAUGUUUCAAGGAAUCGUUAAUCACCAUCGAACAUUGUUGCGAGGCAUGCUGUAGGUUACGUAUUACAAAAUUGUAAAUAAAUAAUUUUCUGUGAUAACAUGAUAUAAAAAUUAUUAUUAGAACUGUGUGAUUGCAUAGAAAAGUUAUUUAUUUCGCAGAGACGCUGUGUUAAGAAUGAAAUAUAUUCACUUUCAAGUGUUUAUUACUGCUUGUGUAAACUUUUUAAUGUUAAUUCAAUAUUUAUAUUGUGAUGUAUCGACUAAUUAAAAUCACGCAUGUCUUGUGACUAAAUACGAAUCACGUUUUUCUGAUGAUUUCGAUUAACGAUAUUUUAUAACUUUCCAACUUCUUUUAAGAUCUAAAAUGAUUUACCGUGCAAUUGUAAAUGUUUGAAUUUGUAGUAAUUAUUUUGUAGAGAGAGGACCACCUGAAGCUGCUCCUAUACUUUGUGAAAACCUUCAAUUAUUAGGCUCUACUUUUCAACUCUCUCAAUUUGUUUUGUCCAAUUAUUGAUAUUCUAUAUGUGUUGUUUCCCCUUCAUAGUAUACUUGUAUUGUUUAUAGUAGAAAAUUCAAAGGUGAUUUUGUUAAAUUAUGCUAUUGUUAUAUAAUAUGUGAAUCACUAUUCAAUUGUUUAUAUGCUUUAAAUUUGAAUAGAAAAGAUGCUCCAAUCGCUGAAUCGACUCUGAUAUUAGUAGUAAUAAUUAAAUUGUUAGUAAUUUUAUAUUUUAUUUCGUUUUGUGAUACAUAGUUGACGCAACAUUUUUAUCUCGUUAUUCCAUAUAUAAAGAUGUUAGAUUUCUUCUACGUAGGUUUAUCAUUUAUCACGAUUGUCUCACAAAGAAUAUUUAUAUUGUUACUGUAUAGACGUACGGAGUUUAAUUUGAACAUUUGCGUUUGGGGUGUUAGGAUACAAUAAGCCGAUGGACUUUCGAUGACUGAGUGGUUACUGGUUAGAGUUGCAGAGUGCGUCCCGCUUUAGUGUUCGUGAAUCCUUGUUUCUACGUCGCAGCAUACGUGUUUAAGACAUGUAAAUAUUGUAAUAUAUAACGCGGCCGAUGUAGAAGGUCGCAUGUGAAAAUGUCUAGUGAUAUGUACUAGUUAAUAUUAAUGUUAGCUAGGUAAACUCGUUCCCAACUGUCCUUGAGUUUAAGUUGGGUGUUUCACUGCCUUAAAAUAAUUAUGAUGAAUGUAAUAGUUACCUUAACUACUACAGAUAAGUGACAUUUCAAUACAAUAUUCUUAUACUUUUUUAUCAUUCUAUUUGAUUACGCAUCGAUUGUCUGUAUAAGUUUAUCAUUUUCAAUGUUUUCGCGUUUUCUUUGGUUAUUUUUGAUAUUAUUCCUUAAUUUAUCGAUUAAGUGACGUUCAUUUGUUAUAUCGUUUAACAAAUAACACGUUAAAUGGACUGUUUUAUCUCAUUUCGUUUCGGAGAUAACGCUAGUUGAGCUAGAUUAUAAAAAAAUGUAAAUUAUGUAUAAUAUGGCAAAUAAAUAAUCGUGUUCAGGCUAUUGUGCUACGCGUAUCUUUAAAAAAUACGAAUGUUUUUACUAAUUAAUUAUAAAUAAACCUUGUAUUUCGUUGUACACGCAUGUAUGCUUACAGGAAAUAAUGAAAUGAGACUAGAUGAUGAAAUACUUGAAUAUUUAUUUGAAAGGAAAGCAAAGUGAGUUCCGCCCUGUCGGCUCGAUCUCGCCUGUCUUGUUUAUAUGAUUGUCGUUUCAAUUGUAUUUUGUAUUACAUUUAUAAAAUUAUAUAUUUAGCAUAGAAAGUUCAUCGGCGUCGAGAGCACCAUAGUAUGUUUUUGGUACGUUUCAAAUAACUUUGCAGGAUAGUGCAUCCUAAUGAUAUUGUAUUAAUAAAGAACCAAAUUUAAAUUAGUAUUUAAGUAAUUUAUUAUCCUAAAACUAAAAAAAAACUAUACGCAUGUUUUCACUAUACUGGUAAAAAUGGUUAUGUACAAUACAAAGGAGCUAAUGUUUUAUAUAUGAAUUCUUGCUCGCCUGUAAAAUUUUGCAGAAUGGAUCAUAUUAUAAGAAUUGUACAAUAUGAAUAAAUGCAAGAAGACAUUUCCUCGAUA